AUGAGUAAGAACCAGAAAGAAGUCAAGAAAAUCCAAUCGGUUUAUCUACAGAAUGUGGAGAAACUCAAUCAAGGGGCCAAGCCAGAGAAGAAGAGCUGGAAAGGCAAGGAAGGAGACUUUGCCGUGCCUACAGGCAUGGAGAAGUUGCGCCAGCCUCCUGUCAUCACUCCUGUGACCAAAAGCUCUGCGCACAGAAUCAGCAGGGACCUGACUUGCUCCAUCUGCCUUGACCUCUUCAAGCAGCCUGUAUCUCUGCCUUGCGAUCACACCUUCUGCCAGGGAUGCAUUGAGGGAUACUGGACUGGGCCGAGGAGCCACAGCCAAGGGGUCUCGGGCUCCUGUCCCCAAUGCAGGAAAGUGUUCGCCGGGGAGAGCUAUAGGCCCAACCGUAUCGUGGCUAACAUCGUCGAGAGCUACUGUCAAGGAUUAGAGGAGAGCGUCGGGAGAAACAGGCUGGUGGACACGGCAGAGAAGGCACCCCCUCCUGCACCGCGCUGUAGCCGGCACCGGGAGGAGCUGAAGCUCUACUGCGAGGAAGAUCAGGAGCUUGUGUGUCUGGUGUGCGGAAUCUCCCAAGAGCACAGGAGCCACACCAUGGUGUGUGUGGAAGAUGCAGAGCUCAAGUACAGGGCGUCUCUUAACAGCUCCAUGGAUUCCCUCAAAGCUGAGCUCAACACUGCGAUGCAGUGUGACAGGGAAGCUGAGGAAGAAGUCAAAAAUCUCAAGGAGCAUACGGCAGACCUCAAGCAGCGCAUCGAGGCGCAGUUCAGCGAUCUGCACCAGUUCCUCUACCAGGAGGAGAAAAUGCUGCAGGUGAAGCUAAAGACGGAGGAACGCCGCGAGUUGAUCCGCCUAGAUGAGCACAAGGCCCUUCUGUGCGUGGAGAUCUCGCGUCUGCAGAGAGCACUUCAAGAGAUAGAAGACAAGCUGAGGGAGCACGACCCAUUCAUUCUCCUGCGGAGUAUCAAAGUUUCACUGCAGAGACCGUCGCUAAAGUUCGAAAAGCCAGUUUUUACACCUCCCAGUCUGUGUGAAGGACGAUUCGCGGGGCCCCUGCAGUACAGAGUGUGGAAAUCCAUGAAAAGCAGUAUUUACCCAGUGCCUGCGGCCAUCACAUUUAAUUCCAGCACAGCCAACCCUUGGCUCAGUCUUACCUCAUCACUGACCUGCGUUCGCUACCAGACGUUUAACCACGCCGUGGAGGACAACCCAUACAGGUUCAACGCGGCCCUGUCACUGCUCGGGAGCCAGAGUUUCACCCACGGGCGCCAUUACUGGGAGAUUGAGGUUUACAGCAGCACCGUGUGGACCGUGGGUGUGGCCCGGGAGUCGGUGCCCAGAAAGGGCGUCAUCAAAGCGCUUCCUGCUAACGGCUUUUGGACACUCUCGCUCUCGUAUGGUAUACAGUACAUGGCGGGUACGUCCCCACCGACUGUUCUGUCCCUGGAGGAGCCACUGGCCAGGAUUGGGGUGUACCUGGACUACAAGAGAGGUUUGGUGUCCUUUUACAACGCAGAAACCAUGACACACCUUUACACCUUCCGGGAGAUUUUUAGCGAAACACUCUUUCCUUACUUCAAUUUGGGCUUUCUCGACAAAGUGCAUGAGAAUGAACCUCUUAAAGUUUUCAUGCCAAAGAUAUAA